AUUCAACCUGCAAUUGAGUUGGUGUGGCAUCGAGCGCUUUACUUUUCCAAGAUGAAGCUGCGUGUUUGUUUUCUAUUGGUUUGUGCCACUGUGUACGCAGGAGCCACUAACGACAGUUCUAAUACCACGGACGGAGCAUUCGAACCAAUAUCGGCGACUGAUUUUAUUGGACUCGGUGUGGAGAUUCUGACAAAACUAGAGCAGUUGGAUAGUAAACUGAUGAAGCUACAAUCUCAAAUGGAGAGACUGGAAAACAAUCAAAUCUCUUACGAGAGUUUGCUAAAAAAUAUAGCACGAAGAAAAACAACUACAAAAAAACCGAGGCCUUCAAUCUACGCCUCGUGCAAGGACGCUCCAGAGACAGCGUCGGGAGUGUAUUCCAUUCGUAUCGACAGCGAUAGUGCACCGUUUCAAGUAUAUUGUGAGCAGGAGAAGUUUGACGGGGGUUGGAUCGUAGUGCAACAUCGAUUCGACGGUUCGGUUGAUUUUUAUCAGAACUGGACCGAAUACCGCGAUGGGUUUGGUGAGUUAGACAGUGAAUUUUGGCUCGGACUGGAACACCUUCAUCAACUGACGACCGCUCGUAAAUAUGAAUUACUGGUGGAGGUUAAGGACUUUACCGGCAUCUACGGCUACGCCCGUUACAGUGCAUUCCAAGUAGGCAGUGAGUGUGAGCAAUACAAUCUUAAAACCCUCGGAUCGUAUACUGGUACAGGUCGUGAUUCGUUAGAAGCCUCCAAGGGGUACAAGUUCUCAACAAAAGAUCGUGAUGAUCCGAGUAGCGGUACUCAAUAUGCCAUUUCCUACAAAGGCGGUUGGUGGCAUAAUGGUGGCAUUGCGAAUUUGAACGGACCAUACAAGGAUAAUGCUGAAGGGAGUUGGUGGUUUACUUUGCGCAACGACUUUCGAGGAUUGAGCUUCACCAGGAUGAUGAUCCGUGAAACAGGAAGAUAAAGUUCUAAUCACAUACAUUGUGGUGCACUGUAAAUGGGCAACUUAUCAAUUUUUCUUGUAUGUUAUAUGAAUAAAAAUGUAUUUUAAAGCAACA